AGAGACUAGAGACUACAGAUGCGCUUACAUACGUAAAGAGACUGUAAAUGAGCAGGAGGCAGGCCCAUGUAGAGCUUCUUUUCAAUACGAGCUUUUUAGGGCUUCGUCAAGGUUUAGCUGACUCAGUUUCAGACAGUAUCGGAAGCCAGAGAAAGCUUUAGGGUUUCUCUUCAAUGGCAAUUAAAGUCUCUUGAUUAUAACUGAGUUGUUAAAGCAGUUCUGGGGAUCUAAUGUGAAGACAUGAAACACUUUCACUGUUGGUUUUGUUUUUUCCAAUUUUUAUUUACACUGGAUCACAGACACAAGUGUCAGAAAAAAAGGAAACUGUGAUAUUAUUAUUCAACUUCUGAAUUGUUCCUUUUCGGAAACUUUCAUGUGAAGCAAUUUGGGUUGAAUCAUCGAACGCACUGUCUCUCUCUUUUGUGCUUUUUUUUAAUCUGUGCUGUUGGAGCUGUGUGUGGUGUUUCAUUUGAUACCCGUGAAAUCGGUGUGAAGCUUUUUCGUAAUUUUUGACUGAUUGAAGCUCGCAGUAAUGGAUUCCAUCAAUUAUUUGAUGUACCGUAUUGCGGAAUACGGAGUGUCACUGGUACAUUUCUAUGUCUAUCGAUAGCGGAAUUCUGUGACUCGGAUCGGAGGUACUUUUGUAGGAUUUCCUUUGACCUUCUUUAGUAGCAGCGAUGGAGGAUAUUGGGUUGGUCCAGCAAGGCUGGAAAUGGCUUCGAACGCAGAAACAUGUAAGGUUGUGCACGAAAACUGCAGUGGCGACUGUAAGGGAUAAGGUUGGAGUCUUGAUGGAGCGGCAUUGGCCAAAGGUGUGCAGUUGGUGUUCUAGGUUUGGGCGAUUAGUGUGCUUUGUGCUGAUCUACUGGAAGGACUGUGUUGUGAGGGGUGUUCAGUCUGUUACCGAACUGGGUUCAGCUGCAUUGUUGGUUAUAAUGUGGAGUUGCUUUCUUAGCCUCACUUCGAUGUCUUGCUUACUCUACGUGCUUCUGAGUAUGGGUGCUGCUGGAGUUGCUGUUCGGUAUUUGGGUUACACUCCUGGAAUUUUCAUCGUGGGGCUCUUUGCUAUUUUGAUAAUAUGGAUGUACGCUAACUUCUGGAUAACGGGAACAUUGUUUUUAGUUGGAGGCUAUCUAUUUUCACUUAACCAUGCUCGGUUGGUGGUCGUUAUGGAAACUAUAUACACAAUUUAUUGGGUCAAAAUUCGAGUUGGAUGGCUAGGAGUUUUUAUCGCAAUUAAUCUUGCAUUUUUCUCAAGCGAUGUAUUAAACCUUUUGCUUGAAUGGUGCGACAAAAUGAGUGAAACCACCUAUGAGCAUAAAGAUUCAAAAACAGCUGUGGAAGAAGAUGACUUCUCUGCAGAUUGUGAAUAUACGAUUCCUACUGAUGAACCUGAGAAGCAGCGCGCUUGCAACGCCUCCAGUAAACCAGCUGGGAGUUCCUGUGUUGUUAAGCAGCAGAAAGAGUUGUCUGCUACCACGGCAGUCAAAGGAACUAAUUCGCUCGAUGAGAUGAAAAGAAUAUUAAAUAGCAAAGAUCAUUAUGAAGCACUGGGUUAUCCUUGUCAUAAAAGAGUUGAUGCCUCAGUUUUGAAAAAGGAAUAUCAUAAGAAGGCCAUGCUCGUGCAUCCAGAUAAAAAUAUGGGAAUUUCUUUAGCUAGUGAAUCAUUUAAGAAACUUCAGUGUGCUUAUGAGGUUCUUUCUGAUUUGACAAAGAAGAGGGACUAUGAUGAACAAUUAAGAAAAGAUGAAUUCAGGACUAGGAAUGUCUGCCAGAAGUCAUAUCAUACCUCACAUCAGGAUGGUCAGGAUUAUUGCUCUGAAGAGUCUAGGUGUAUAGAGUGCACAAAAUGUGGCAGUUCACAUAUUUGGGUGUGCACAAAUAGGAGUAAGGCAAAAGCACGGUGGUGUCAGGAUUGCUGUCAAUAUCAUCAAGCCAAGGAUGGAGAUGGAUGGGUUGAAUACAAAGGCUCAUUGGUGUAUGAUAGGCCUAAGAAGAUGGAAAUACCACGUGCCUUUGUUUGUGCGGAGAGCAAAAUCUUUGAUGUUUCAGAAUGGGCUAUUUGUCAGGGAAUGGAAUGUAGGCCAAACACUCAUCGACCGAGCUUCCACGUCAACAUGGUUGGUUUGGGGAAAACGCAGCAAACUAACUCAACCAGAUUUCCAUGGGAUUUGGAUGCUGAAAUGAUGGAUGAGGAUGGGGAAGAGUUUGAGUUGUGGCUUCAACAAGCUUUGGCCUCUGGCUUCUUUUGUGAGACAUCUAAACGAAGAAAGAGCUGGAGUCCGUUCAAGUUGCCCCAGAAGAAAGGGAAAAAGAAGUGGCGAAGGUCAUCAACCUGAGGUUGAGGGGAUCACAAGUUCUGUUCCCCUACGUAGAUUUAUCGUAUCUGAUGAAUGCAUCCUGACAUCCGAGGAAGGAACGACUGCUAGAAUUUGGAUGAGUUUUUGGAAAAGGCUAGUGUUUGACCGAAGUUCUGCAUCAUUUUGAAGCACAAGUUUGAGAAGUAGUGUUUCUGGGUUGCCCAAAUGUUAUCUAUCUCAGAAAGGAAAGGAGAUGUAGAGGGUGCGUGGGAAGGAGGAAAAAGACAGAAAAUAGUGAGAAAAAGAAAACUAAUAUCUUUUUAACAUUCAUGGUAACUAAAAAAGACGUAUGCUAAUAACAGAUGUAUAAAAUCAGUUCUAUAUUUUAUUCUCUCCAGCCAUGGUACAAUUUGGAAACUGUCUUAUUAGUUUGUCUUAUAGAUUCAUAUAGUCCGCUGUUGGGACAAGGCUGAUGAUGAUGCAUGAUACAACUUGCUGUUGAUACUUGCGACUAAAUGUAUAUUAUAUAACUUGUAUA